CGAUUCUCUCCGUGAGGUUGUUUCAUCCUCUCAUUCUACAAGAUGUCGGAGAAAGACAGUCAGCUCAAGCAGGCGACUGAAGACGAGACGGUUCCCAACUCGCUGGAACUUCCAUCCUAUACGGGAGCGACUGCGAGCGCGAAUGAGCCAGGACUUCUACAAGUAGUCGAGUGGCCUGUGCCUCAGUUUAUGGUGUACUGCAAGAAGACCAAGUUCGCCGUCGGCAGGAAAGGUUUAAGCGACAUCGGAUACAUGGGUUUCAAGCAGACAGUCUACACAUUCACCAUCUGGGACCGGCCGGGUAUUUUUUCUCAAUCGGAGAUUGAUCGAGCCUUUGAGAAAUCUGCAUUUGCGGGACGCUCCCUCUUUUAUGGCAUCUUUCACUCGAUUCAUGGAAAGUCUGAUGUAGGCCCUGUCCUUCUCGGGUCUGUAGGAUGGGCGGACAUGGUCCAAAAUCUGGUCAGCAUUCAUGUGUCCUAUGAGGAUCCGAAGGCAAGUAGCUCCAUCUGAGGAGCUGCUGCUCAAAGUAUAGUGUUCUCGAGACCUCACAUGUCAC